AUGUCGGUGGGCGAUAUCUCCGGAUUCCUCGACCUAGAAAGUUUCGAUUGGACGCAGGACCUCUCAAUAUACUCCGCUCAUCCGUCCGGCAUUCAGAGAGAUGAUAUCAAUGAUUGGCCUCCAGGUGAUGCUGGAUUGGAAAAUGACAUGGUCUUUGUGAACGAUAUGGAAUUCUCAAGCACUACAAUACCUAGUACUAAUGAGAUACUCCCCAUGGACUCUCUGGAUGUCUGUCCGGAAGCGUUACACUCCAUCACUCAUCAGAACGCACCUCACAAUCAAGAAGCCAUCGUGGAGCCAAAUAACGAAUUUUUGGACAGCCACACUCUAGAUCUGAGAACGAACGGAUAUCGACCUCCUGUGCCGUGCGAGUACUGCAAAAAGCAUCGCCUACAAUGUUUGGUCAUUCGUACUACAAAAGCAAACCCUAAUCCAAUCGCCGCAUGUUCUAGUUGCGUUGCGUUAUUUAGGAGUUGCAGUUUAGCAGAGAGAAUCAAACGACAUCCUUGUGACUUUGAAACACACCAUCCAGUCGUCGGGGGUCUUCAUGGUAUAACCGAAGCGGAUCUCGCCAGUGCUAGAUCCUUGCAAAUGUCUUCAGAUCUAGUCAACAAGCCGGAAGAUGCAAGUCAAUGCCAGCAAUCAGCAAAGCAAUAUUCUCUGCUUCCUAAAAGAACAAGCUCUCGCAUGCGAGGCCAGACAAAGGCCUUGCGACAAUGGUUUUUCGCCCAUUCAGAUCAUCCUUACCCCACAGAGGAAGAAAAAAACGAGUUAGCACGCGAGUCCGGUCUUACAAGGACGCAAACACAAAACUGGUUUAUCAACGCGAGAAGGCGACAAAGGAUCGCUGAUAAAAGUCGCAAGUCUACUAUUCACCGGUCCGGCUCGCCGAUGCCUCAAUCAGUCUUGUCAGGUUUGACCCCUUUUCAACGAUGGCGCAGCUCACCUCCUGAAGAUGACCAUGCACCCCUCGAGUUGAUCAAACAGGCAGCAAUCUCACAGCCAAAGAUAUCCUAUAUUUCUUCGUCCAGUCCAAAUACUGAUCGACAGAAAAUUUCCAACUCAUAUGACAGCCAUUCUUCUUCUACUUUCGCAUCCUCGAUCGCGUACUCGGAUUCAUCAGAGUCUAUCUCAUCUGUUGACACUUUCUUAUCCGCGGACAGUCACGAAGUAAUAAGACCCGGUUCGACUCCUAGUAAGAUCCCGACAAGAACGAAAUUUUCCGAUCGGUCCGCUUCUCCGAGAAAGUCUGACUGGAGUCGGCAUGAGGUAUCUAUUCACAUUCAACUUGAUACGUGGGUCUGCGAGCCGCAGAAUGCUACAGUGUGGAAAUUUGGCUCUAUCAACCAGCAGUGCAAUUACUGUGGGGUUGACCUUCCCUCAGAAGAACACAUCGCUUCACACGAUUUCGAAUCGUGCUUUGAACGACCACUUGGAGAGAGGAUGUUUGCUCGCAAAGAUCACUUAUGGCAGCACUUGAAGAAGUUCCACAGCUGCGAUAGUUGGGCUGGUCAAAGUCUCCACCUUCGUCGUACUCGCCGAACAACUCUUAACAGUCGGUGCGGCUUUUGCGCCGAAACAUUCACCACAUGGAACCAACGUACGGAUCAUUUAGUGCGUCAUUUCAAGGAAGGCUCUCAAAUGAAUCAAUGGAUGGGAGAUUGGGGAUUUGAUGCGGCUACGACGCAGUCAUUGAAACGCGCUAUACUGCCCUCUGCUCGAUCUGACUACUUUGCGGAUGCACAAAGCACGUUGGAAUUUUGGUUCAAAGAAUAUAUUGUCCAGUAA